AUGGCUCUUGAAAGACCCUCGUCUUUUACUAUCAACAAUUGUAAUUCACCAUUGGCCGGCAGGCCGGUGAAGGAAGGGGACGAAACAAUAAGCCCUGCAGGUGAGGUACAGACAGCUGCCAAACGCGCUCUGAACGAGACACUUUCGCCCCGUGGGAAGCGCAAACGACAGUGCCUGGACCCGUCCAAGCGGGCCACUCCUCGGGUAAGCUACGCUCAAGCAACCAAGAAGUCCCUGUGCAUCGCAGUUACAUGCGGCCACACCGGGAUCCUAACAAAGGACGUAGCGGACACGAUACUGACGGGGAUACAGAAGACCAUCCUAAAGGAGGCAUGGUCCCCGAACAACAAACAACCGGGGCCAGCUUUUAAUGGUAAGCCGGUUUACACAGAAGGCGUCCUGAAGCUGUGGUGCUCCAACGACCACACUUUGACAUGGUUUCAAAAAACCAUCGCCGACUUGGCCCUUUCAACCGGCCACCAGCUGAUCAUCAAGAGCCAGUCGGAAAUUACACGAAGGAUCAGGUGUGGCAUCCUGAUCCCUAAUGAACAGGGGGCCAUCACCGACUCGCGAGACAUCGGGCGGAUUCUGGCAUACCAGAACCCGCAGAUCGCGGUCGACAGGUGGGUGCUCCAAAGACAGGAGAAGCAGCAAGGCGCCAGCUUUGUGGUGGUGGGAAUCCCGGAGGAACAAAUCGCGACCCUGAUGAAGUCCGGGCGCCGCCUCGCCUUCGGGCUGGGUGCGGUGUACGUGAAAUUCCAGGGUCACAACGGCAAGUUUGCCGAUACUCCGCCGGGAUGGGACCCCGCCACUUUCACCAUCCAGAAACAGCCUGGCACAAGUACCACGACCAGCGAGGGCGCUGGCCCCACCGAGGGCCCUGCGGUGCCCGUACCCGCAACCGUCCCCUCACAGGACGACGACCCGGAAGAAGCCCUUCUGACGGGUUCAGACCUGGAGGGGGACGAAGUCGAGUCCGGGGACCUGCUGGCCGGGCUACAGCUUGGAGGAGACGAGGAGGGCGCAAUCUGCGAUGGCGUCCCCUUCUUCGUCGACAAUUAAAAUCCUCCAAGCAAACCUCCACCACAGCCAAACCGCGACGGCUCAGCUGCGCAAAUGGUUGGAGGUUCAACACACGGCCAUUGCCCUAAUCCAGGAGCCGUGGGUCAGGGCCGGCCAAAUCAGAGGACUCUCCAAUCUUGGAGAGACCAAUCUGCCAUCUCAAUACAGCAACCUGCUUUAAACAUGGAGAUCACCCUCGCCUCGGUAUACAUGCCCGAAGCAGAGGAGCCUCCUCCCUACGACCUCGCCCGCCUGGUGAAUCACUGCGAGAGA